UCCAUUUAUAUGUGUUCAUUCUAUAAGUGCUACCCAGAUAUAAAUUGUUACGUGUGGUUGAUUGAAAAUUGAAGAAAAACACAUAGUGUUAUCUGAAGAACAGAUAAGAGAAUGGAGCAGAAGUGUGAUAUUGUUGGUUCUUUUUCUUUCUCUUCAUCUUCAUCCUCUGGAAUUUCAAGUGGCUCAUCAUCAUCAAUGGAGUCUGAUUCUUUUGAUGAAGUAACCUCCCCUGCAUCACCAUCUUCUUCCUCUUCCUCUACCACUGAUCUGCUUGCAUCUGACCCAUUGAGUGACAUGUCUUCUCUGCUUCAACAACUUCCCAUGAAGAGAGGGCUUUCAAAAUUCUACCAGGGGAAGUCACAGUCUUUCACUUCAUUAGCAAAAGUGGAAAGCUUGGAGGAUCUUGCUAAGGCAGAGAACCCUCAGAACAAGAGAUUGAAAUCAUGCAAAAGCUAUGGAGGAGGGUUGAGUCCAAGUGCCAUGUCAAGGCAUGUAUCUAAGAGGGGUUCAUGUUUUUCUUCCAUGAGUGCAAGAAGGAGCAGUGGUAACUUCAUGGGUAGUAGGCCACCAAUCCCUCCUCAUAGAUCUACCAGCACAACAACUAUACCUAAUCAAAGGGUGUUGUUUGCUUGAGAGGGAUCAUUUGAUUUUAAAUUUUUUGUUGAGUUGAGUUUUUCUUUUAUUAUUUGCGGAGUAUCAUGCGAUCUAGAUUAAGGUAACAUGGAUGGAUGCACCUAAUUAGUCUCAAUUUUCCCCUACAAUUUUGGGAUUGUAAUUGGCAUGUGCAAUUCUGAUUGACAAAUUUUUGGAAGCGAAAAA